AUGGUGUCAACUACACAAAUCACAUUGCCCAACGGCAAGAAGUACGACCAACCCACAGGUCUCUUCAUCAACAACGAAUUCGUCGCAGCUUCAGGUGAUGAGUUCACCGUGACGAACCCAGUCACCGAGGAAGAGGUCAUCAAGCUCAAGGGCGCAUCCACAGACGACGUCGACAAGGCUGUUAAGGCUGCCCGCAAGGCCUUUGAGGGCGAGUGGUCCGAGUUGGCUGCUAAUGAACGUGGUAACUUUCUCUACAAAAUUGCCGAUCUUAUUGAUCGCGACCGUGAACUCAUCGCCGCUAUUGACGCCUUUGACAACGGAAAGCCCUUCAGCGCUGCUCUCGCUGGCGACCUCGAUGAGUCGUACAAUGUCUUCCGCUACUACGCUGGAGCCGCCGACAAGAUCACCGGCAAGACAAUCGAGACAUCUCCCGCUAAGCUUGCAUAUGUCCUCCAGGAGCCUCUGGGAGUCUGCGGUCAAAUCAUCCCCUGGAACUUCCCCUUCAUGAUGCUCGCCUGGAAGGUUGCCCCUGCUCUAGCCUGCGGCAACACCGUCAUUCUCAAGCCUGCCGAGCAAACGCCUUUGUCGGCUUUGUACUUUGGAAACCUCAUCAAGGAGGCUGGGCUUCCUGCUGGUGUUGUCAAUGUCCUACCUGGUCUUGGUCCCCAGACCGGAAAGGCUAUUGCUGGACAUAUGGAUAUUGACAAGGUUGCCUUUACCGGUAGCACCAACACUGGUAGGGCUAUCAUGAAGGAUGCAGCAAACAACUUGAAGAACAUCACGCUCGAGUGUGGUGGCAAGAGCCCGUCCAUCGUCUUUGCCGAUGCGGAGCUCGAGCAAGCUGUCAAGUGGUGCCACUUUGGUAUCAUGGACAACAAGGGAGAGGUCUGCACAUCUACUUCAAGAAUCUACGUCCACGAGGACAUCUACGAAAAGUUCCUUGAGAAGUUUGUCGAGGUCACAAAGGAGAACGACAAGCUCGGCUCCCCCUUCGAAGAUGCAACUAUCCAAGGGCCUCAAGUUUCCAAGACCCAAUACGAGCGCGUUGUCUCAUACAUUGAGGAAGGCCGCAAGUCCGGUGCUAGACUUCUAUACGGAGGCAGCAAGUAUGGCGACAAGGGCUAUUACCUGCACCCUACCGUCUUUGCAGACACCACCGAAGAUAUGAAGAUCAUGAAGGAGGAGAUUUUCGGCCCUGUAGUUUCCAUCGCCAAGUUCUCAACCGACGAGGAGGCCAUCGCCAAGGCUAACGACACUUCAUACGGUCUCGCUGCCGCCCUCUUCACAGAAAAGAUUUCGCGAGCACACAAGGUCGCCCGUAAGCUUCAGGCUGGUAUGGUCUGGAUCAACUCAUCUGGCGACUCACACUUUGGUAUUCCCUUCGGAGGAUACAAGUCUUCAGGAAUCGGUCGUGAGCUGGGACAGUAUGCGCUGGAUGCGUAUACUCAGUCCAAGGCUAUUCACGUCAACUUGGGUGCUGAGCUAUAG